UUUACAUUAUAAGUAAUCUAAACAAUUAAUAUGAGAUCAAGCCCAUCAAACGAUCCACGUUACAUAAUCAGUUCCAUAUAAUGUAUUGAUCUUCGACGUUGAUUUAAAUCAGACGACAAAUAAACAGUAGUAUUAUAAGCAAUAAUGCAGUUACGUGUAAUUCGAAUCCUAAGAAUUUAUGAACCCAUUAAUUUUUCUACAAAAACAGAUAGCAAACUUCAACUACUAUCAUUCAUUAUUGGAGAAUGUUAACUUGUGCCCUUAAGGCAUAUGUUAAGAAAACAAAAAUAUAAAUUAUUAAAUGCUAAUUUAUGUAUUUUGACUUUUGAAACAUUAAUUUUUUUAUAUCAUUAAAUAUUGAAUUUCUAUUUUGGUAUAUCUUAACAUGUGCCCUAAGGGCACCCUUCAUUAUUUAUCUAACCUUCUCAUCUUCUUUUUUUUAUUUUUUUACGUUCAAUCAAAAAACUUCAAAACCUCAAAACGACAAUGUCGUCUUCACCAAACGAAACCAAGAAGAAACCCUUUCUUCCUUGGAAAACUCGCGUUGGUAUUUCGUUCCUUACGACUUUAACGGACGCUACACGUCGAUCUAACGGCACCGUUAACCGCGGUUUUCUCAAUUUCAUAGAUCGUAAAACUUCUCCUAACGCCACUCCCGUUAACGGCGUUUCAACCAAAGACGUUACCGUUAACGCCGAUCAUAAUGUUUGGUUCCGUCUUUUCACUCCCACCGGCGCCACCGUCGGAGAUGAAACCAAAAUUACGUCUCUUCCGGUCAUCUUUUUCUUCCACGGCGGUGGAUUUACCUAUCUCUCUCCCGCUUCUGUUGCUUACGACGCUGUUUGCCGUAGAUUCUGCCGGAAAAUCAACGCUGUUGUUGUCUCCGUUAACUACCGUCUCACACCGGAGUUUCGGUAUCCGUCGCAAUAUGAAGAUGGAGAAUCGGUGCUGAAAUUUCUCGACGAGAAUAAAUCCGUUUUACCGGAAAAUGCUGACAUGUCAAAAUGUUUCAUUGCCGGAGACAGUGCUGGUGCAAAUAUAGCACAUCAUGUUGCGGUUCGGGUUUGCAAAGCGGGGCUACAGAGAAUCCGGGUGAUCGGGUUGGUUUCGAUCCAACCGUAUUUUGGAGGGGAGGAGAGGACUGAGUCGGAGAUUAGUCUCGAAGGAUCGCCUUUGGUGUCGAUGGCGAGGACGGAUUGGUUGUGGAAGGUGUUUUUGCCGGAAGGAUCAGAUCGGGAUCAUGGCGCGGCUAAUGUUAGUGGGCCGAAUGCGGAGGAUUUGUCGGGUUUGGAUUAUCCGGACACACUUGUUUUUGUGGGCGGGUUUGACCCGUUAAAUGAUUGGCAAAAGAGGUAUUAUGAUUGGUUGAAGAAAUGUGGUAAAAAUGCUGAGUUAAUUGAAUAUCCAACUAUGAUUCAUGCUUUUUAUGUUUUCCCUGAUUUGGCUGAGGCUACUCAAUUGAUUUUGCAAGUUAAGGAUUUCAUCAAUAGAGUUUCCAACAAUUCUAAAUGAUGAUGAUGAUGAUUAGUAUUGUUGUAAUAAAUUUGUUAUGAUGAAUUAUUGGUAAAUUCACAGUUGUGUACUUGUGUGGUAAUUUAGUUUUGAUGAAUUAUUGGUAAUAGGCCAGAACCUAGAGACGUGCAAUGCUACAUUUUGAGAUUGGAAAUUAGGUAUUCGUACGGUGGUUGCAUGUUCCGCAUUCACGUAGUCAGUCAUAUUGAUAAUUGGAUUGAAA